AUGGCUCUUCCAAAAACACUCGUGACGUCAAUCGUGAGAAAGUGGAGGAAGAUUACUUCAUUAAGAAGAAUGGGGUCGAUUGCUUCUCCUUCUUCUCCGGUGGAUGGAUCAUUUUCUUCGAACGAUAGAAGGGGUCAUUUCGUGGUCUACACGGUGGAUCAAAGCCGUUAUAUGAUACCAUUGAAAUUUUUGAAAAGUGAAAUGGUUCUAGAGAUACUGAGGAUGUCUGAAGACGAGUUUGGAUACUCGAGCAACAAACCAAUUAUGUUGCCGUUUGACACUUUUGUAAUGGAUCAGAUUAUUUUGUUACUUAUCUAA